AUGACUUCAAAGUAUCUCUCCUUCUCUUCAUCUCUGCUUCCAUCUUCUCUCAUAUCUCAGAAUCCCAACAACAACAACAACAAAAACAACUCUAACAAACUCAAACCCACCACUGUUUUUCUCGUUCGCUGCGCAUUCGCUGCACCACAAAAGUCUGGAACAACCAAUUCUUCUGCUUCAUCUUCGGGUAAAAAGAGGCAUUGGAAGCAAGGAGAAUACCCAGGCGUAUCAGAGACAUUCAUACCUGGGAUUUCGAAGAAAACGCCUAUAAAAAAUGUCAAGAAGAAGUUGGACCGCAAAAAUAAAGCCAAGGCCUGGGUCAACACCGUCACUGAAACCUUGUUUGAGCGUAUCCAGAACAAGCAGUGGCUCCAAGCCCUUGAGGUAUUUCACAUGCUUAGGGAACAACCGUUUUAUCAACCUAAAGAGGGGACUUACAUAAAACUAUUGGUUCUUCUCGGAAGAUCGGGCCAACCCCAUCAGGCUCGUCAACUAUUCGACACAAUGGUUGAAGAAGAAUUGGAUCCAUCUUCCGAGCUUUACACAGCCUUGCUUUCAGCUUAUUGUCGGAACGGCCUCAUUGAAGAGGCAUUCUCAACUUUUGACAAGAUGAAGACCCUUCCUAAUUGUCAACCUGAUGUUUUUACAUACAGUACUUUGAUAAAGGCCUGUGUUGAUGCCUUACAGUUUGAUUUAGUGGAAUCCUUGUACAAGGAAAUGGAUGAGCGACAAAUUACACCGAACACAGUCACCCAGAACAUAGUCUUGAGUGGAUAUGGUAGGGCUGGAAAAUUUGAUGAGAUGGAGAAAGUGUUAUCGGGGAUGCUCGAGAGCACGACCUGUAAGCCUGAUGUAUGGACUAUGAACAUUAUCCUCAGUGUGUUUGGCAACAUGGGUCAGAUUGAUAUGAUGGAGAAAUGGUACGAAAAGUUCCGUGAUUUUGGGAUAGAGCCAGAAACACGAACUUUUAAUAUUCUAAUUGGUGCAUAUGGAAAGAAAAGAAUGUAUGAUAAAAUGUCUACAGUGAUGGAAUAUAUGCGCAAGCUUCAGUUCCCUUGGACGACUUCAACUUACAACAACGUGAUCGAGGCGUUUGCUGAUGUUGGAGAUGCAAAACACAUGGAAUGCACAUUCGAGCAGAUGCGUACUGAAGGCAUGAGAGCGGACACCAAGACAUUCUGCUGCCUUAUUAACGGUUAUGCUAAUGCGGGCCUCUUCCACAAGGUGAUUAGCAGCGUUCAGUUGGCUGGAAAGUUUGAGAUACCUGAGAAUACUUCAUUCUAUAAUUCGGUGAUAUCCGCGUGUGCAAAGGCUGAGGAUUUGAUUGAGAUGGAGAGGGUGUUUAAGAGGAUGAAAGACAAGAAAUGUCUACCGAAUUCCACAACAUACUCCAUUAUGGUUGAGGCAUAUAGAAAGGAAGGCAUGAAUGACAAGAUCUACUAUUUGGAGCAAGAAAGACAGGAACUAGAGAUUAUGGCCGACACAACAAGAAAUGAUGAGGACUUUGAGUCUGGUUCCUUUGUUGAUUAAUGUAGAACUUUAAAUUGAUCUGGUUUUUACAAGUUUUGCUUCCAGUGCAGCAUUGGUUUCUUUUAUUGAAAUCACCAAGUGUUGGCUCAGUUACUGACCCCUUUCCGUCACAUCAUGGAUGAGGAAAAAUGCCGCCUCCUCUUCUUAACGCUUUCAUUUUUCUUUGGGAAGUACAGCUAGAAUGGUUUUUACGGCCUCCCAGUCCCUGAUGAUGUAUUGGGUAAAGCUAAAAGGAUGAUUGAUGUAGAUGUUGAUUUUGAAAACGAUUUUCUAUGUGGGAGCGCGUACGUAGUAGAUCGUGUGUAAGAAGACUUUUACAAAAUUUUGAGAUAUUUUAUAGACUACAAUAAUUUAUA